AUGGCUGACCCCAACCACCCCAAGCCCGACCAGGGGGGCCCUCCCAACACCUCGUACAUCGAAGACAACGAGGACUCUGACACUGAAAGCAUCUCUUCGCCCCUCGAUAGCCUCUCCAUCGACGAGAACAACAUCGGUCCUAUCGCCGCCGCUGUCCCUUCUGCGCACAUCCUCGACAUCGUCAACGUCUCGGGCACCAACUCGGCCGCUGCCUCCUCUCCCGUUCCCAACACGACCACCACUCCCCUCCCCCGCGAGCUCACCCUCGAGCCCCUCGUCUUCCUCGGCAUGGCCCGCCCCAUCCCCAGCGAAGCCGCCUCCAUCCGCCAGAGGUACGGCCCCAUCGCCUACGCCGACGACGUCGUCAAGGCCUUCGGCCUCCCCACCGCCCGCGCCCUCGCCAAAGAGAUGGCAUUCCACGUCGCCCGCCUGCACUACCACUCCGUCCGCGACUCCCACCGCGUGGUCUUCCGGCUCGCCAUCCCGCGCACCUACAACACCACCACCCGCCGCGGCGGCGGCGCCCCGUACCUCAAGAUGAUCGACUACUACUCCCGCCGGAUCUUCAUCGACAGCAACGACCAUUUCUUCCUCAAGGGACCGGGAGACCUCUAG